UUUAUUCUCGUUCAACUUGUUUUUCCCACAACCACCAACCAGCCGACAGCACAAGAGUAGUUUAGUCGCGUCUGUUUUGGUUGUUUGGGUGGUUUGCUGGAUGCACCACACUCCACACACACCCUGCCACACACCCUGCCACACACGCUGCCACACACGCUGCCACACACGCUGCCACACACGCUGCCACACACGCUGCCACACACACUCCACACACACUCCACACACAGAGUACACACACACUCUCCACACACCCUGCCACACACGCACACACACACACACAGACACACUGCACACCAUCACCAACCAUGUCCUUUCCAAAGGUGAGGGCGUUGCAUGAUUACACGGGCCGGAGCGAGAUGGAGCUGUCGUUUAAGAAAGGCGACGUGAUCACCGUGCUGGAGAUUCGCGAUGGCGACUGGUGGGAGGGUGAGCUGGACGGCAAGGAAGGGUUUGUGCCAGCAAGAUAUGUGGAGCACGCACCAACAUGGUUCUAUCCGGCAUCCGCAGAGGACGGCGGCCACGGCAAGGCAAACAGCGCAGAUGCAGGGGGUGACAGCGACACCGACCAUGACGACAGCGAGGAUGAGGAGCGGGACGCGCCGCCCCCGCCGCCACCGGCACCAGCCGGAACUGCCGAUUCGCGACGACAGAUGCCAACGCCCAUGCGACACCUUCCACCCGACAGGCCCAACCUCGCCAAGGCCGUGAUGAUGCAUCACACGAAACACAAGCACGACGUGAGCACCUCACACAAGGCUGGCUUGCACGAGUUCCAGCGUGCCGUGUCCAAUGUCAGGAACAAGAAGCCCCAAACCACUCCAAGCGAGUCUGAGCUCGCGGCUGUGCUUCGCCGUCGCAACGAAGCCACCACCCUUGCACAGAUGGAGGAAGCGGAAAAGGAGCGCAUGCCAGAAUUGCAACGCCGCUUUUCCCAGCGGUUUCGAGACCAAUCAUAGCACAUGUACACACCUGUUGCGCGCCCUUUCUCGCUCGCUUGCCUGUUUCCCUGUGUUGUAAAAUCACGUGUCACGCCCAUCACACUUGUUUGUUUGUGUUGCAUGGCGAGUUUGCCGCUUCUUGUCCACACGUGCCCAUGAUCACUGCUCUGUCCAUAGCCACUCCCUUGUCUUGCUUCGUUUACCGCCUUUGUAGGUGUACGUGUGUACGUGUGUUGUCUGUGCUGUGUGUUGUGCGAGGCUGCGUGUGCCUUGCCGUUGUUGUUGUUGUUGUUGUUGUUGUUGUUGUUGUUGUUGCCGAAGGCGAAUUGACUGACCACUAAAUGAUAUCGACCAGCAUCAUGGCCGCUGACGUUCCAAAUUUGUGUUUGAUGUGAGACGAC